UUUCUUUUUUAUGCUAGACUCAUUUUAUAAGAUACCACUACGCUCGAGCCCAGUUUCAUUCUAAAUGGCCUCUUCCUCGUCCUCCGCUUUCUUCUCUCUUCUGCUUCUGUUCCUCUUGAGCUCUGCUUCACUUAUCUCUGCGGCCCCGGAGAGCGCUCUCGUCACCAGCCUCCCCGGCUUCAAUGGGUCUUUCCCUUCAAAGCACUACGCUGGAUAUGUGAGCGUUCAUGAGAGUCAUGGGAGGAAUCUGUUCUACUACUUUGUGGUAUCUGAAGGGAACGCAUCAAAGGAUCCUGUUGUUCUUUGGCUCAAUGGUGGCCCCGGCUGCUCUAGCUUCGAUGGAUUCAUUUAUGAGCAUGGUCCAUUCAAUUUCGAGGCCGGAGAAACGCCGGGCUCAAUGCCAAAGCUGCAUCUCAAUCCUUACAGUUGGUCUAAGGUUUCAAAUAUUAUAUAUUUGGAUUCUCCUGCUGGUGUUGGGCUUUCUUACUCGAACGAUACAUCCGAUUACGCUACGGGAGAUCUUAAGACAGCUUCCGAUACACACAAAUUUCUUCUGAAGUGGUUUCAAUUGUACCCCGAGUUUCUUGGGAAUCCUUUCUAUAUUGCUGGCGAGUCGUAUGCCGGGGUGUAUGUACCGACUCUUGCAGCUGAAGUGGCAAACGGAAUAAUCGCUGGUGUAAAGCCUACACUGAACUUCAAGGGCUAUAUGGUGGGAAAUGGGGUUACUGACGAGCAAUUCGAUGGGGAUGCCCUUGUGCCAUUUGCACAUGGAAUGGGUCUCAUAUCAAAUGAUCUGUUUCAGGAAGUUAAUACUGCUUGUCAAGGAAGUUAUUGGAAUCCCGUAAAUGAAAGCUGUGAAGAGAAGUUGAACAAAGUUGACUGGGAACUUAAAAACAUAAAUAUCUAUGAUAUUAUUGAGCCAUGCUACCAUGCUCCCGAAAUAAGAUACCCAUUAGCUGAUAAGAGCAGGCUACCUGCCAGUUUUAGAAGGCUCGGAGAGACUGAGAGGCCACUUCAUGUGAGGAAAAGAAUGUUUGGCCGGUCAUGGCCUUUGAGAGCUCCAGUCAGAGCUGGACGUGUUCCCACAUGGCCAGAGCUUGGAAGCACUUCAGUUCCAUGCACAGAUGACCAAGUUGCUACUGUAUGGUUGAACAAUAAAGAUGUGAGAACUGCAAUUCAUGCACAGCCGGAAAAUGCAAUUGGUGAAUGGAUAUUAUGUACUGAUAAUAUAAAUUUUAAUCAUGACGCUGGAAGCAUGAUCAAGUAUCACAAGAACCUAACUUCCCUAGGAUACCGUGCAGUUAUUUUCAGUGGUGACCAUGAUAUGUGUGUGCCUUUUACUGGAAGUGAAGCAUGGACAAGAUCACUGGGAUAUAAAGUUGUAGAUUUAUGGAGGCCAUGGUAUUUUAAUGACCAAGUUGCAGGGUAUACUCAAGGCUAUGAGCAUGACUUCAGAUUUCUUACCAUAAAGGGAUCAGGCCAUACCGUUCCUGAGUACAAGCCGAAAGAGGCAUUGGCUUUCUACAGCCGUUGGCUUUCUGGAAAAGCCAUUUGAAUGAUAUAAAAGAUACACAAGUAAUAAUUUUUAAUUAUCAGUCCUGAAGGUUACGCAAUCAUGUUUAGGUGGUCUGAUAGUUGUCAUGGAGAAUGAAUAAGCUCAAAGCUUAACUGUUUUUGAAUAUGAUGUCUAGGUUAUUGUAUGGAAUUGUAUAUGAGACAAAAUUUGACAAGGUUUAAUGUUUUAUUGCACCAUUCUAAUACUGUUGGUAAUGUUCUUCUUUUAGUGC